CGGCGGCGCUCCCACACAGAGGAGAAACCGACUGACAGAGAGAGAGAGAGAGAGAGGCGCCUCGGGCCCAUUCACACCAUCGUUUCAAACAGCAGCCGCCCACCUCUCUCUCCCCCCCUCUCUCUCUCUCUCCCCCCCUCUCCCUUUCUCUCGUGUUUUGUUAUUUUAACCAAAGGGAAGACGAUGUUCUAGCAGCUCCCGGAGCAGGGCCCCGCCUCACCGCGCGAUCACUGGAGGGAGAAAAAACGGUCGCUACACAAAACAAAUAAACAAAAGAUGCUGCGGAUUCCUCACAAAGCGGCGCCGACAUUAAAGAAGUGCCUCUGUGGUAAAUGGCAGCUCCGUCCUUUGCAGCAAUGUCGUCGGUACACUACUGGAAGCACCUCGGGCUCCUUAGCAGGAAAAAUUAUAGGAACAGGAGUCCUGUUUGUUGGAGGAGGCAUUGGUGGCACUAUGCUAUAUGCUAAAUGGGAUCCCAAAUUCCGAGAGAACGUAGAGAAGACUGUCCCCUACACUGACAAACUUUUCAACCUGGCCCUUGGUCCUGCCUCACACAGUUUGCCUGUGCCAAAGAAACAGGAGGCGCAGGGUCCGUUGAAAAUCCCAACUCAUAGCGAGGCGAUUAAAGAUUCCAAACAACCCAAAUCCAUGUUCAGUCGGGAGAGGAGCGAGCCAGCUAAAGAAGAGACUGGGGAAGAAAGUGCACCCAAAGAUGCCGCUGCAAUCAUUUCUGCCAUUGGCGAUGUUCCGUCUGUGCCCGCCUCUGCUCUCCAAGAUAAAUCCAGUCCCCCUGUCCAUCAGCACAGCUCAGAAUCCAAGUCUGAGCAUCAAAUGGAACACAAACCUCUUCCAAGUGCAGUGCCUGGUGAGAGCUGUGGUUGCGAUGCCUUAAAGGACCAGCCCACUGCAGUAAAGGAACGUCCACCCGAGGAGGUUGCUAAACGCCUAACUCAACAAGAUCGAGAGGAGCAAGUCAAGAUUGAUGCAAUAAUAUCAUCUUUGGAGGACGCCCUUGGUAAAAGUGCCCAGUUAACACUCAAGGCCAUUGAAACUCAGGACACAGCAGUGCAAGCCAUUGAUGCUCAUGCCCAGAGGUUAAAGGAAGCCAUGGAUAAUUCUGAGAUGACUAUAGAUAAGAAGUCUGAACAGUGGCGAGCCUUGGAGAACGCACUAACUGUCCGUAGCAAGGUUGUAGAUGGAGCAGCUAAUUCACUGCUGAAGGCCAAGGAUGAACUGGAGAAGCUCCGGGGUCUGAUCGAGGAGGCCAAACAGACUCAGAUCUCUGCUGUCAGACCACAGGUAUUGGCCGCAGAGGAGAAUCUACACCACAUGCAGAUGGAUCUGGAUGAUGUUGUAAGAAAGGUGCAGAGGGCUCAGUCAGAAGCUAAAAUCGUUGCACAAUACAGUGAACUUGUAUCUGUGGCCAGGGAGGAGUUCAGCAAAGAACUGGACAGCAUCACCCCAGAUGUACAACCUGGUUGGAAAAAUCUCAAGGUGUCUGACUUAGCCGGGCAGCUGAGCACCGAUGACCUGAACUCCCUGAUCGCACAUGGUCAUCGACGCAUCGACCAGUUGAACCGGGAGCUGGCAGAGCAGCGCGUGCGAGAACAACAACACAUCAAAGUGGCUCUCGAGCACCAGAAGAUGGAAAACCAGAAAGCUUUGGAAACCGCCGUGGCAAAAGCCUUGGAGCAUUACCAGUCAGAAACACACCUAGAACAGGACAAAAAGGCACAAGAAAUCCGGGAAGUAAUGGAAGCUGAGAUGAGAACCCAGCUCCGCAGGCAGGCGGCUGCUCACACUGAUCACCUGAGAGAAGUGCUGAAGGUUCAGGAGCAAGAAUUCAAAGCCGUCUAUCAGGAUGAGGUGGAACAAAAGAGACAUGAAUAUGAAAUGUAUUAUAAACGCUUGAAUCAGGAACAGAUGGACACUUUUACACUGGAUAUAAAUGCAGCUCAUGCCAGGUUGAAGGGAAUCGAAAAAGCAGUGGAGAGCCAUGCCAUUGCCGAGGAGGAGGCCAGAAAGGCGCAUCAGCUGUGGCUGUCCAUAGAAGCUCUCAAGUUCACACUAAAGACGGCCUCUGGUGACACCCCAACAGAACCUCUAAAGAACGCAGUACAGUCUAUUUCAAACAGCUGCGGAGACAACCCAUUCACACGGGCUUUAUCUGGAGCCCUCCCUGAAGAGUCUCUCUCCCGUGGUGUGUAUAGUGAAGAGGCAUUACGUCAACGGUUCUAUGCAGUACGAAAAAUAGCACGCCGUGUGGCCAUGAUUGACGAGACGCGAAACAGCCUGUAUCAAUACUUCCUCUCCUACCUGCAGUCCGUCAUAUUAAGAGAGCCCCAGAUCACUAAGCCCCCUGAGGAACUGAACCCCGAAGACCUGGACACAUUUAAACUAUUAUCAUAUGCCACGUUUAGCAUCGAACACGGAGACCUGGAGCUGGCAGCGAAAUUUAUAAACCAACUCCGAGGAGAGCCGAGGAGAGUGGCCCGGGACUGGCUGACAGAGGCUCGUCUGACCCUAGAAACAAAACAGAUAGUAGAUGUCCUUUCGGCUUAUGCAAACGCAGUUGGUUUAGGCACUACGCAAGUGGAAUGAUUCAACCGAACACCGUCCUUAUCACGUCAGAACAAUGAUUCAAAUCCUCCCUAAGCACUGUUCUGUAAGCACGAGGGCUGAUGAUUUCACAGGUUUUCAGUGAACUUUGUUGGCUGGUGCAGUAAAAUGUGGAAAUGUGCGUGUGUAUAGCUUGCUAUAAUGUUAGUUUCAUGGAUUGGGCUUUGUAAUUGAACCAAAUCAUUUUGAGCCACUGUAUGUUGAUUUUUUUCUUCCUCCUCACAUGCAUAUCAAUAAAACCAAAUUGAAACAUUAAUAUACUAAAAUUUAUAUUAAUGUAAUAAUAAAGUAAACAAAAUUAUUUGCAAGUGAAAAA